AUGGACGGCCAUCACCACAUGCCGCCGCAUGGCCAUGAAUCUUCAUCGUAUCAGAAUGGCUAUAAUCAAGUCAAUGAAUAUGGCAACCUUCUCUCAAAUGGCGGAGAUAAUGAUAACUUCGCCAACUGGGGCUUCGACGCUACCUCCCAUAUUCCAAACCAAAAUGCUCAAUCAGAUCCAUACUUGCCUUGGCAGUCGAAUGCCGGACUAGACAACUACACUCCUCAAGCCUUUACUAAGAGCCCAUCGAACCUUCAAACAACCUCCUUUGCCGGCUACGGAAAUCCACAUCAAUACUCACACUCUACAUAUGAUCCUUCGUUGGUGUCCGGUGCUACAAAUGGAUCUUUCGAAAUUGGUCCGUCUCCAUAUGGUCAACCGCAACAGAUGCAACAUGGCACUAUUGCCCCACAAGCUCUAGAGCACGAACGUGCUCACUCUGUCCGUCCAAACCAGGCUUUGGAUCCGUCAUACUCGCGUCCUGCCACCACGGAUCCUUCGAGCUAUACUAGAGUCAUUCCUCCAGCACCCGCAGCGGACCAGGCCGCACUGCAUAAUGCUAUCCCAGCCGGUACUCGCACUGGAAACUUCUGGAUGAAGGACAUCGAUCAACUCAACGAAGCAACCAACUCUAGUCAGGUGAAUUCAUUCACCCACAUCGGCAAGACCGAAUUUGAGCUUCCCAUCAACAGAGCAACUGUUGCACCAGUAGCACGCAGAAAGUCCAGAGCUGAGCUUCGCCGUCUUGCUGGGAAUGAUCCUAAGCUUCAAGAGAGAAAGCCUGCUGCAUUACCUACUGGUUCGGUUUCGGUUGGCCGAUCACAGCCUGUGAAGCAGGAGCAGUCAGAUUCUGAGUCGGAGUCAUCAGAUUAUGAUUCAGAUGAAGAUUCUGACGAGGAGCCCGAGAUAUCCCCUCUACCUGCACAGAGACCCGAUGACCCUCGCGAAGGUGUCAGAUAUGAUACUAUCAAGGCUCUUUGGGAGAGCCGUCAUACUGGCAUUGUCGCUGACAGGAUUAGAACUGGCAUGGUAGAAUUCAAUGAAGUUGUGCAAACCGUGAAGAACCGAUGGAAGGCUGAUUCUGUUGCUCUCACCGACGCAAUUGAUCGCAAGAGAAACAGUGAAUUACCUCUUCUGAGGAGCAGGGUCAAUGAUCAGCUUGAGAUGUUGAAGAUCGUACUGCAAACUGCGAUUGAUCAUGGAAAUAGGGACAUCAUGGCACAGCUUGGCCAACAUGCUCAGAUUAUGGCCUCUUUUGCGCAGUUCUUGAUUGAUCGAAUCAAGAAAAACGACUACGACGGACCUCUGACGCGCCUAAUCCUCGAGGUACUUGUGCGCUGCGACACCUUCCCCGCAAGAACCUACGACGUGACCAAGUUGGGCAAGUGCAUCAGCAAUCUGAGCAAGAACGGCAACAAGGAAACUCAUGAUCUCUGUGAACGUAUAAAGGGCAAUGUCACAGGCGGCGCAGAGAGCCAAGCGAGCACUGAACAGCAGUCAGGCGUCAAAUCGCCUCCAAGCAACAGACCCACUCCUGAGCCCAUUGCUGGUGUCAAGCGUGCUGCUCCUGGCAGUGCAUCUUCCGAUCAGGCUUCGAAGAGAAUGCUUGUGACACCUACGACCGGCAAUGCAGCUGCUAAGCCGUCCACUCUCAAGCGUGCGCUUCCCGUUGGCAGUAACUCGAAACCCGCUGCUGCUGUUGGUGCUGCUGCAAAGGCCGCCGUCGGCGCUGCUGUCAAAGCGAAACCUGCUGUCACCAAGUCAGUCACCUCUGCCUCUACGGGCGCAGGCGUUAAGAAGGCAAUUGCCAAGACCACGACACCCUCUGUGGUGGCCGCUGCCAUCAAAUCGAUCGAGAAGAAGGCAGCUCCUGCAGCACCCGCCAAGCCUGCUUUCUCCUUUGCAGAGACAAUGGCAAACCUGAACAAAAGCAAGGAGAAGGAACCCAGUCCCUCGAAGACCGAGGAGAAACAGGCGCCUGAAACGCAAGAGGAGAGGGCAAAGCGCCUACGCAAAGAGGAAAGACGCAAGCUUCGCGUCACUUUCAAACCUGAUAGUCAGCUUGUCGAAACCCGUAUCUUCCAUCACGACGCUGAGGAGGAACUUGGCCAUGACGCGAGCAUGAUUCGCGAUGUCAGCGAUGUUGGUGGUGAGGGCCGGAUGUUCAAGCAGCACAAGGACAUGAUGGACAUUGAUGAAGACGACGAUACUGCUACGGGCGAAGAGAACCUUGGAGAAUAUGUCACGCCGACGUUGACUGAUUUCAGCUCCGUCGAUGUCGAAGAGCGAAAGAGGAACUACAGUCGCUACGCUGGUGGCGAUCUCCAGCCGGAGUCUGCAGAGCGUGUUAAACGUGAGCAGUAUGAGGCUAGCACCUUGAUGGUCUUCUACACAGAUCCAAGUGAUAUUCCACCCAGCCCACGUGAGCCAGCAGAGCCUUACAAUGGCGAAGAGGUCAGCACAAAAGCUUUCGGCGCUGUGGGCACUCAAGAGCCACUUGCUACGAGAAUUGCAAAGCUUGCUGGACCCGUUCAACCUGCGCAGACCCAGCAACCAAGUGCUGGCCCUGACAUUUCUGCGAUCUUGGCCAUGAUUAAUCCACAAGGUCAAGCUCCUCAGCCCGCCCAACCUGCUCAGCCCGUUUCAGCUCCUCCAUCGAUCUCAGCACCAAGCCAGAAUCAAGAUCAAAUGGCAGAGAUCCAGCGCAUUCUGGCAUCUAUACCACAGGCGCCAUCUCAACAGCAGCAGUCUCAGCCUAUGCAUGUUCAGCAGCCCAUCCAGCAGCCUGCACAGCCCAACAUGGCUCCUGAUCUUGCUGGCAUCUUUGCCAAUUUGAACCCUCAGACUCAAGCGCCAAACAUGUUCAAUCCUGGACAGCAGCCUAUGAUGGAUCCAUCCCCAGCUGCCUUUGCAGCCCUGUUCUCACAGCUCAACCCAGGCCAAAAUGGUGGACCGGGAGCUAACUUCAACCAGUUCCCCUUUCCUGGAUUCCCUAUGCCCAACAUGGGUCAAUUUCCGGGACAGCAGCAGAACCAGCAACCUCCGUACGAGAACGAAGAGCGUCGUCGCUGGCGUGAAGGCGGCGGAGAUAACAACAACGACCACAUGCGCCGCGGUAAGCCUGGAAAGAAGGGAGGCACAUUCACCGACAAGCGCUUCACGGUGCCAUGCAAGUACUUCAAAAAGGGACAAUGCCAGAAAGGAGAUACUUGCACAUAUCGACACGAAUAUUGA